AUGACUAAAGGUUUUAUUGUUUUUUUCCACGUAAUCUGUCAGCUGAGACAUUACUGGUUGAAUAUCAAUCAUCGAAUAACAUCAUCAUCAUCAUCAUCAUCAUCAUCAUCAUCAUCAUCAUCAUCAUCAUCAUCAUCAUCAUCAUCAUCAUCAUCAUCAUCAUCAUCAUCAUCAUCAUCAUCAUCAUCAUCAUCAUCAUCAUCAUCAUCAUCAUCAUCAUCAUCAUCAUCAUCAUCAUCAUCAUCAUCAUCAUCAUCAUCAUCAUCAUCAUCAUCAUCAUCAUCAUCAUCAUCAUCAUCAUCAUCAUCAUCAUCAUCAUCAUCAUCAUCAUCAUCAUCAUCAUCAUCAUCAUCAUCAUCAUCAUCAUCAUCAUCAUCAUCAUCAUCAUCAUCAUCAUCAUCAUCAUCAUCAUCAUCAUCAUCAUCAUCAUCAUCAUCAUCAUCAUCAUCAUCAUCAUCAUCAUCAUCAUCAUCAUCAUCAUCAUCAUCAUCAUCAUCAUCAUCAUCAUCAUCAUCAUCAUCAUCAUCAUCAUCAUCAUCAUCAUCAUCAUCAUCAUCAUCAUCAUCAUCAUCAUCAUCAUCAUCAUCAUCAUCAUCAUCAUCAUCAUCAUCAUCAUCAUCAUCAUCAUCAUCAUCAUCAUCAUCAUCAUCAUCAUCAUCAUCAUCAUCAUCAUCAUCAUCAUCAUCAUCAUCAUCAUCAUCAUCAUCAUCAUCAUCAUCAUCAUCAUCAUCAUCAUCAUCAUCAUCAUCAUCAUCAUCAUCAUCAUCAUCAUCAUCAUCAUCAUCAUCAUCAUCAUCAUCAUCAUCAUCAUCAUCAUCAUCAUCAUCAUCAUCAUCAUCAUCAUCAUCAUCAUCAUCAUCAUCAUCAUCAUCAUCAUCAUCAUCAUCAUCAUCAUCAUCAUCAUCAUCAUCAUCAUCAUCAUCAUCAUCAUCAUCAUCAUCAUCAUCAUCAUCAUCAUCAUCAUCAUCAUCAUCAUCAUCAUCAUCAUCAUCAUCAUCAUCAUCAUCAUCAUCAUCAUCAUUUACUUUGAUGCUUUUUGUAUAUAUUGUGAUUUCUUUUGAUUGAUUUGCUCUAACCUUUUUAACGUAAAUUGAAAUAGUUUAAUGGCAGUAAAUAUGGAAUAAAUUCUUUGUGCUUUGUUCAUUUGGUAUUGACUGAUUAUAAGUUUCUUUGAACAUUAACUAGUGAUUCAAACUCUUUGUUAUUAUUUGAACUCAUCAUUCUGACAACGCUAAGCUUUAUAUAUAAAGAUUAAAUGUCAUUCAUAUUGGACUAGAUUGAAGUAUUUUUGUUUUAAUCAUGGAAAUAUUCAAUAGUACAAUCAAGUUAAGUAUAGUAAACCUAAAUAACAGAUUUCCUGAUUAUUCACAUAAUUUGCACACUUAUUUAUGUUCCAAUAUUAAAAAUUGAAUAAGAAACGAAUCAUUUGCACCACUGAAAAGUAUCAUAGUAAACCUAAGUUACAUUAUUGUUGGUUUGUAGUUGGCAAUGAAUAUGUUAACUAACCUACAUUAAAAUUAAUAUAUAUUUAUAUUGAGUGGUUAGUCGGUUUUUUUCAAUACACCACAUACUAUUUCCAUUACUCUAUAAAAUCCACCAUAUGUGAUGAAUAAUCGAGAAAAAUGACUGAUAUAUACCCUUCAUUUAACCUUAUUUCCUUGAUGUAAAAACACGUAUUGCUAUCUUAAUGUUAAACACCCUUGUUCACGUUUGAUCACGUAAAAGAAUGCUAUGAAAUGAAGUGCUCAUUUAAAUUGAAAAAAAUGGUAAUAAAUUUGUUUUAUG